AUGUUAUGUGUUCAGUGUCUUUAUCUUUUAUUUCAGAUACCCCAGCUGACGUUUGUCUCUGUGAUGUUUGUAUUUAUUGUUAUUGGGAACUGUAGCGUUUUAGCUGCUAUACAAUUAUCAAAGAAUGGACGAAAAACACGCAUGAACUUCUUCAUAAUGCAUUUAGCCAUUGCUGAUUUAUUGGUAGGAAUAAUAUGUGUAUCAACUGACCUUAUGUCAAAGAUAACAGUCGAAUGGCAUGCUGGAAACGCCAUUUGUAAAAUACUCCAGUAUUUACAGGCUAUUGUUACCUAUUCAUCGACAUUUGUUUUGGUGUCUUUAAGUAUAGAUAGAUAUGAUGCUGUGGCUAGACCCAUGAACUUCUCUAGAAGUGCCUACCAGGCCCGAGUGCUUAUCUCCCUUGCCUGGAUAGCUGCCCUGGUCUUCGCUCUUCCGGCGCCAUUCCUGUACCAAGUCGAAGAACACCAACAAAAACUCCAGUGUUGGAUGGAUUUCCCAGAAUACUGGCACUGGCAGUUAUUUUUUACAUUGGUAUCUUUUGUAACAUUCAUCUUGCCAGCGUUGAUUAUCUCAGCAUGUUAUAUCGCCAUUAUCUACAUAAUCUGGAAUAAAGGACAGAAUCGGAGCAGUAUGGAAGAGUCUCAUAGACUUACAGAAAAGGAUUCCAAGAAUGGUGAAAAUGGCCAAUCACGUAAUCAUGUAUUGUGCCGACGUAAUAAUUCUAACCGGGGUAUUAUACCUCAAGCUAAGAUACGAACAAUAAAGAUGACUCUUAUUAUUGUUAUAGUAUUUAUACUGUGUUGGAGUCCUUUCUUCGUAUAUAAUUUAUUAGAAUUGUAUGAACAUAUUCCAAGAAAUGAUCCACUAAGUACGUUCGUGCAGAGUGCCGCUCCCUUGAAUUCAGCCGCCAACCCCAUAAUAUAUGGUAUAUUCAGUACAAGAAUAUGUACGAAUUUAAGGAUACCCGUGUUGAGUUGUUUGGCUAAAGCUUUCUGUGGACGUUCAAAACCAAGAAAAUCCCGCCAGAUGCGCGUCCAGGGGCAAGUUAUCUCCCUUAGUGACCAGACAUUCAUUACAGAUGGCAGUGGAAGCAGACGUUUAACAAAAUCAUCCAAUAAUCAUUCUCUAUUGGCCAACAGACGACCAUCCGGGCUACCCGUUGUUCGUAAAACUUUAUCACCAAGAGACAAUCUUUUAUUAAAAACUAUCGUUCCUGUAUCAAAGCAGAGAAAUGGCUGCCACAAAAUUCAGUCAUCGGUUAUAAACUGUAGCGAGGGCAUGUUAGUUUGAACGGUAAGCUCUCUUCUGGCAUAAGGCUUAUUUGCCCGUGUCCGAAGAUUUCCUUAGUUUACUUGCUCCCAAAUCGCGGGAUAGUGUGACCCAAUCUAGACGAAAAGUUCAAAAUUAAAUGAAGCUUUACGUUCUAUUUUUCUGUACCCACCGACCAAUGAGUAUGGUCAUACGCCAAGGCCUGUGCUAUGGGGAAACUUUUGCCGGGACAGCGGCGGUUUCUCCUACUAUUCGUCGAAUUUCAACUGCCAAAGUGAUCCACAGCACAUUUUUCUCUAGCGUGGAACAAUUUGAAACUGUACAUAUUCCCAUGUUGUUUUAAAAUGUAUGUGUAUUUGUAUGUGCAAAUCUCCUUUUUACGAAUAUUAGUCUGGGUGGAUUGACAACAUUUGAGCGUAAAGAGGGAGGUAAAUAGCCUUAAAAAUGUCGACGCCCAUGAAAUUAAUUUAAGAAUUACCAUUUCCGAAAUAUCUUUUUACAACAUCACAAUUCGUCAUAAAAAUGCAUGGACUAUGGGAUUUAUUUCGGGAAGGGGCGUGCAACUCUUUCUUGAAUUUAGCUUGGAAAAAAGUUUUAUUGCCAAUGCGUAACCGGGAGUUUGUUUUUGUUUUUUGGGGUUUUUUUUUGUUUUUUUUUGUGGUUGAUUAUCCAGUAAAAUAUCGUCAAAUGUGGAAAACUGGCCCAGACCCUACGUACAUCGAGGACUAGGGGGCUCUUCGUUGAGCAAUCUUUGAUGACUUAAAUGUAACUUUAAGCGUAUCAACCCAAUAAGACAGCUGUUGGGAGUAUGGGUGAUACAUAUGACGUCGGCAGCGUAAAGUUUUACAUGUAUUAUAAAAGGCCAAUUAUAUUUUAAAUAUUUAACAUAGUCUGUCAAACGCAACCAAACACAUCAUACGGUAAUUAAUUUGAAUAGAUGGUGCUGGGAAAAAAUAAGAAACAUCAAGUAAUUUUUCUUUUGUCAUUUGGCAAUUCUUAGAGUUGGCUAAUGUAAAUUUUAGAUAUUGGGCUGACGUUCUUGCUAUACUAGUUAAAUAAUAGAUAAUGAAAAAUUAAUAAAUUGAAAAUUCUAGUCAUUUUUUAUUCUGAGCUUAACUAAAUAGUCCUUAUUGUCAAGUACCAUUGCUACUAUUAUACACGAAGUCUCAAGUUUCCAGAUUAACGAUAUGGCGGACAUUGUUUGAUCCACUUAGUGCCGUAGCCAUCCGAUGCUCUAGAGGGUUGAUUAUGGGUUUGGCAUAUGAAUAAAUGUCUGAAUAAUUCAUAUACCAUUUGACGCUAGAAAAAUGCAUCGAUAAGUAAUUAAUUUAAUAAGACCCCGAUGAUGUGUGUUUUAAUACAACAUGAUACUAUUGGGAAUAACUACUGUAUAUUGAUUGUUAUGUAAAUAACUUUUGUAUAUACUAAUC